UCGACUUGGAAACGUUUGGUAUUUUGGAAAACUGGUAAGGAGAGGUGGCCGCUUAUGAGAGGUGGUGGCAAACAGAAGUUCUACUGUAUUUGUUAUUGAACAGUGUCCAUCAAUAAUGUACAUCAGUAUGUAGACUACACAAGAAUAUUCUCACUGUACAAAUAUUCUCACCAUGGAAAAUUUGCAUGAUUCCAGUUAAGGUGAGGUAAAAUCUAUGUCAGGCCAAAUGGCUGAAGCUUAUCCCAGUUUCAGUAGCAUGAAGUGGCUAAGAGUAUUUCUACUUCCCCCUGAAUGGGAUCCUAGUCCAUCACAGGGUUACCCUUACAGCAUUUAACAAAUUAGUGGGUACCCAUUUGCACACCUGUGUGGAGAGAGCUACCAUGAGAGUAAAGUGUCUUGCCUAAGAUCACAAUGCAAUGACCCCGGCCAGGACUCAAACUUGGAGUGCUUAAUCCAGAGUCUACUGCACCAACCAUUAGGCCGCUGCUCCUCUGCAAGGGGCUGAUUUCAUUUCACUUGUAGACAUGUUGAUUGAAAGCUGUAUGAAAUGUUGAAGUUCCCUUGACAACAUAACCUUUUCUGCUAGACAAAAGCUAAUCCAGGAAAUGGCGGCUCAUCCAGGUGACAAACCAAGUGAUGAAGAAAGAGAAAGCAUCAAAGAAAAACACUCUAAGUUAACAAAAGAACUUUUAGAAGUCAAAAGCAAAGUUCAUCAUCUUGAAAAAGAAAUCAAAGCUGUGCAGAAGGAAAUUCUUGAAGCAGAGGAAACUUACUCUGAAGGUGGUCGACAAAUAUCUGAUCUCGCCAAAAGAACUACUUUGCUGAGUGCUCAUUCCAAGCAAUGCAAGCAGUUAGCAGAAUUGUACAGAAGCUUGGCUAAACAGAUCAAUGACAAGAUAACAAUUUGUAGGGAUGUUGCAAGAAAGAAAUCCAUGGAUCCAACAUAUUACACAUCACAAGGAAUCAUUGCUGGAAGCUCACAGGCAUUUACUACUGUUGAAGGACGAUCAACUCCUACUGGGUUGGAAUCAGCUUGUACUAGAUCAGUUAGGGAAUCGUGUGAAAGAAUUGGUUCCUUUUUGUAUGACGUGUGCAAGGCAGAGGAAGAAACUGGAAGAAUUGAUGACAGCAGUCAGAGAAAGGUUAAAGAUCAGUUGUGGACUGGAGUAGAGAAUAUCUUGUCUCAGCACCUGGCAGAUGACGUCCUCACCUCAUUGUCUCGAAUAGCACAGGACUCCGCCGUCAGCCUGCGGGAAUUGUCUGCCAGAAUUGACCUGAAGAAAGAUGCCAGAGAACUCAAGUUAGUUUUUGGAAUGAUUUUGCAGUACUCAUUGAGUGGUGCUUCAUAUGAAGUUUUCUACAUGUAUUUUGUUUCCUUUCAUCAGGUUUAAAUAUGAAAACUCUGGCAAACUAACUGACACAUCAUCCCCACCUUCCUUACUGCAAAGUGUUCACCAGUU